UUAAGGGCGGCCGCGGCCCGGGGCCGCCCAGUCGGCCUGUCAGCCGGCUUCUAGGUGUGCUCCUGCGCUUGCGCGGCGGCGGUGCCGAAAGCGAUGGCGGCGGAGGAGGAGGUGGACUCGGCGGACACCGGUGGAGGGUCAGGAUGGCUAACAGGGUGGCUUCCGACCUGGUGUCCUACGUCCACAUCACACCUUAAAGAAGCUGAAGAGAAAAUGUUAAAAUGUGUCCCCUGCACUUACAAGAAGGAGCCCGUCCGCAUAUCCAACGGGAACAGGAUCUGGACCCUAAUGUUCUCUCACGACGUUUCUGACAAGACCCCGCUUGUCCUCCUUCAUGGUUUCGGAGGAGGUCUUGGACUUUGGGCCCUGAAUUUUGAAGAUCUAAGCACUGAUAGGCCUGUCUAUGCCUUUGACCUGUUGGGCUUUGGCAGAAGUAGCAGGCCUACGUUUGACAGUGACGCAGAAGAAGUGGAGAAUCAGUUUGUGGAAUCCAUUGAAGAGUGGAGAUGCGCCCUCGGGUUGGACAAAAUGAUCUUGCUCGGACACAACCUGGGAGGGUUCUUGGCUGCUGCUUACUCUCUGCAGUACCCAUCAAGGGUUAGUCACCUCAUUUUAGUAGAGCCGUGGGGUUUUCCUGAGCGACCAGACCUUGCUGAUCAAGAGAGACCAAUUCCAGUCUGGAUCAGAGCCCUGGGGGCAGCCUUGACUCCCUUUAACCCCUUGGCCGGCCUCAGGAUUGCAGGACCUUUUGGGUUAAGUCUAGUGCAGCGCUUAAGGCCCGAUUUCAAGCGGAAGUACGCGUCCAUGUUUGAGGACGACACCGUGACCGAGUACAUCUAUCACUGUAACGUGCAGACCCCGAGCGGUGAGACCGCUUUCAAAAACAUGACAAUUCCCUAUGGGUGGGCGAAACGGCCAAUGCUUCAGCGGAUAGGAGACUUGCAUCCUGACAUUCCAGUUUCUGUGAUCUUUGGCGCCCGAUCCUGCAUAGAUGGCAACUCUGGUACCAGCAUCCAGUCCCUGCGACCGAAGUCCUAUGUGAAGACAAUAGCUAUCCUGGGGGCGGGCCAUUACGUGUAUGCAGAUCAACCAGAAGAGUUCAACCAGAAAGUCAAGGAGAUCUGCCACUUGGUAGACUGAGCCCACGGAGCUGUGGGAGUCCCUGCGACUGACGCCCCUCUUGAGCAAUACCCUACACCCACGGAAGAGCAGAACUCAAGAACCAGGCCGCCCCUCGGCUGGACUCUGCACUGUUGUCUUAUGAAGUCACUUCCACAUUUAAGCCAAUUAGUGCCUUCUAGAAGGACGGCUUUCCUUUCCCCUACACAAAAUGGAAGUACACAAAAGUCUUCCACUUUAAUCGUAGCCUUAAAUAAAGGUUAUUUGUCCUUC